UUUCAGAAAAAUGAGUGACGAGAUCCUUUCCAAGUGGCUAAAUCCUCAUUUUCUCCGAACUUUGCUAUUGGACCCGGAGAAAAAUAAGACGACUUGUAUUCAAAUUGCACGAUUUGUUGCUGCUUAUUAUUUGGAUUAUUUACUCUUUUUACCGGAUGACGAAGGAAUUUUACCAUCGCUUUAUCUGUGGGGAAAUAUUAAAAAUGAAGAUCUCAAGCCAAGUGACAUAUUAUUAGAUCGUAUAAAAGUGAGUUCAAUGUUACCAGUUGAAUACUCACCGGCUCUUCCGGCUCUUUUAAUGGUCAAAUGUGACAGUUUAAUUGAGGCAAUUAGUUAUGUUGAUCAUUUUGAUGAUAGAAGGACAAGUAUUAUUUUAAGACUUUUGGCCGAUUCUAUGCAUGAAAAGGAUCUAACAAUCGAUUUCAUCAAAACUAUGAUAGUCGAGAAUCUUCCAUUACAAAUGGCAGAAUCUCUGAAAUCCCCAAAAACUCCAUCGAAAUUUGCUCCAAUCUUCACUGAAUCAAUUCUCCAAUUAGAUGUAUCAAUGCAAAAUGACUUACUUUUCUUCUUGGAACAACAUUUAAUAUCAUCUGCUGAAUUUAUAUUCUCUGAAUUACCACUGGAAUCCGAUGAAGUACUUCCAAAUCCGAUCUAUGAAGAACCGGGAGAUCAAUCUGAAACUGAAGAAGUAAAAGCAUUCAGGGAAAUAUUUGGAUACAUUCAGAUUUUAUUGGAGAGUUUUGCAAGGUCAAAUCGAAUCGUGGAUCAAUUGAAUUUCACAGUUAAAUUGGUUUCUGGAGAAGGGUUAACUGCUUCCCGUCUCUCUAUCAACUAUUCCCUUCAUCGUGUGCUUCUUCUCAUGCUCCGUAUCACAUAUCGUCAUUUAUUUUCAAUUGCUCUACGGGAAAAUCACAAUAAUUUGGGAAAAAUCGCAGAAAGGUACAAGAAGCUGCUGGGAGAGGACGACGGAGAACAUGUUCUGUUGAAAAAUUGGUUUAGUGAUGCAGAUGAGGAGGAAAUGGAAAGAGCACAGAGUUUUAUUGAUUGGAUUCAGAAUAAUUAUCAACAGACAUCAUCACUCCCACCAUUAACGUCAAAAACUCGAGAGCUGUGGCUGAGAAGGAUUGUAUUAAAUAGUACAACAAAUCACAGAGACAUCAGACAAGAAAGAACUAUGGAUUGGUUUCGUUCGGUCUGUCACCCAAAGCAUAGGGUCUGUGACGUAGUAAUGUCUCAAAUGUUGUUCAUAAAUUCUCAAUGGACAUCACCUGGAUUCAGUUUCAUUCAACCGGGAUGUCUGGCUCUUCGUCUUUCAAUUCAUCCACAUGAUUUAUGUUUGGGUACAACUACUGCAAUAGUCAACUUUUCUGCAUCAGCCAGAGAUAUAUUAUACAGUCCACAAGAUGAAUUGAGCAAGUUUACAGAGCAAGAAGAUAAACUUUUUACUCCAAGAAAUCAUCCGGAUAGUCCAGAUUUAAUUUCGAAAUAUGCAAAAAAACAUAAUGAAAUGAGCAAGUCAAUGGCUCAAACCGCCCGUUAUUUUACUCCAUUUGAAGAGCAGCUGAGGGUUUUUACACGACAACAAGACGAAUUACAAAGGGAAUUGUAUCAGGAAAAAGAAUUUUUGAAAAAGGCUGGACAUUAUCAUGUUCCUGAUUUAUUGGAUGAUUUUGAUAUUAUAAAAGGAAAAGAAGAUGAUUCCAAGCAACAAGUUGAUGAAGCCCUUGCGAAACAAUUAAAUUUGUUAAAUGAAAGAUUGGAUCGAGUUGUGAAAAGUCUUGAAGAUCGACAGAAAUCUAUGUAUAUUCGAGAGGAAGAUGAAGAAUCUGAAAUUUCUGAAAUUCCAUUACAAUAUGAUGAAGCUCCUGUGACAGAUGAGAGACCAAUUAUUGAGAAACUAAAUUUUUCAAUGCUUUCGAAUAGGACACCGGUGCCUGCAGAUGAAUACCAAACCUCCUUGGAUCUGAAAACUCCCACUCCAAUAUCUGAAAAUUCUGGAAAAUCCUUGUCCACCGCCCAAUCCUUUGAAAAUCCACUUUUUGCUGAAAAGAAUCCCAAAAUUCCCAUCGAAUGGAUGAAACUUCUUCCGUUGGAAGCAGGAAGUGCCCGUUACGCUGAUAAUUUGUUAACUUAUAAUAAAUCAAAAGAAGAUAGAAAUGUUGAUAUUUCCACUCCAAAACAAGAACACUUCUACAAGACUCCAUCGUAUCUCAGUUUUAACGGACACAAAUCUGUGACAGAGAGGGGAGUUGGUACACAGAAUAGUGCACGGAUUGGAGAGACGCAGACAGCGAAAAAUGAUGACGUGGCAAACAGGAAAACUGUCGAUUUGAAAGCAGUGAGAAGAAUGAGUCAAGAGGAUAUGAAAGAUAUUUUGGAUAGGGUUGUUAAGUAUUGAUUUUUUGAAUUUAUUUCAUUUAAAUGAACUCUGGUUAUUGCAA